AUGGGCUCGCGCCGGAUCCGCGCGCUGCAGCUGGCGCUCUGGCGGCGCCUCCUUGAAGCGCCCGCCGCGCCGCCUCUCGCCCGCCGCUGGUUGAGCGCCAGGCCGGCCCGCGCGCCCAGGAUGGAGUACCCGGAUGCCAUUCGGACUCUCAAUACCCUUCAGACGAAUGCCAGCUACCUGGAACAGGUGAAGCGCGAGCGAGGAGACCCGCAGGCGCAGCUGGAAGCGAUGAAAGGGUUUUUGGAACGCAGCGGGUUAAAGGUCGAAGAUCUGGACCAGCUGAACAUAAUUCACGUCACUGGAACAAAGGGCAAGGGUUCAGUGUGUGCCUUCACGGAACGUAUUCUACGCAACUUUGGCUUGAAGACUGGUUUUUAUAGCUCUCCACAUUUGGUCCAGGUACGUGAGAGGAUUCGGAUUAAUGGGCAGCCCAUCAGCAAGGAACUCUUCAGCAAAUACUUCUGGCAGGUGUAUAACCAGUUGGAGGAGACCAAGGAUUCUGAGCAAGCCGCUAUGCCAGCAUAUUUCCGCUUUCUGACCAUCAUGGCUUUCCAUGUUUUCUUGCAGGAAAAGGUAGACCUGGCAGUUGUGGAAGUCGGCAUCGGAGGCGCCUACGAUUGCACCAACAUCAUCAGGAAACCUGUUGUGUGUGGAGUCUCGUCUCUGGGCAUUGACCACACCAGCAUCCUAGGGGACACCAUUGAAAAGAUUGCCUGGCAGAAAGGGGGAAUCUUCAAGCCAGGAGUGCCAGCAUUCACGGUACCACAACCAGAAAGGCCCCUGGAAGUUCUGAAGGAGCAAGCCCAGAGGAACUCGUGCUCUCUCUACCUGUGCCCAGACCUGGACGCCUUUGAAAAGGAAGACAGGCCUCUUCAGCUGGGGUUGGCGGGUGACCAUCAGCGUUCAAACGCCUCUCUGGCCCUGCAGCUUGCCCGCAUGUGGUUGGAGCGGAAGGGGUAUCUGGAUAUCGGUGAGUUGAGGGACCCGUGGCCCAAUCCUGAGCUGCCUGCAAAGAGGCCUCCUCCGUUGGCCCCCGUCUUCAGGCCUGGGGAGCCCAUGGUGCAAGGCCUCCAGGCGACAGAGUGGCUUGGCCGAAACCAAAUUCUGCAUCAUGGCCCCGUGACGUGGUACAUCGAUGGUGCCCACACCACCAGCAGCAUCAAUGCAUGUGUGCGCUGGUUUCACCAGUCUGCCCUCAAUGAAGAGAAGCCCAGAGAUGGCUCUGAGCUCCGGGUGCUGCUUUUCAACGUGACCGGUGACCGGGACACCGCUGCGCUGCUGAAGUUGCUUCUGCCAUGCAAGUUUGACUAUGCUGUUUUCUGCCCUAAUUUCACCGAAGUGUCUACUGCAGGGAAUGCGGACCAGCAGAACUUCAACGUCACCCUGGAGAACGUCUUGACCCGCUGCCUGCAGAACCAGAGCUAUUGGAAUCGCCUGAUGGAGGCGAAAGGGGGCCAAGACCCCUGGCUCUCUCCAGCUGCAGAAGUGGAAGGGAUGGGUGGUUGGCUGAAGCCGGCCCCCCUGCACAGCUCCCUGCUCUUCAUGCCUCCCUCCACUCGGCCGCUCAAUUCCAACUCCUUGGUUUUCCCAUGCAUCUCCCACGCAUUGCAGUGGAUCACCCAGGGCAGGGACCCGCACUUCCAAGCCCCAGCCUCCAGAGGGCUCCACCCUCACCCCGUGGCCACCAGCGGUGCUGUUUUGCUCCAGGAAGCAGCCACCAUCCGGGUCUUGGUGACCGGCAGCUUGCACUUGGUGGGCGGAGUCUUGAAGCUGCUGGAUCCAUCACUCUCACAAUAGGGGGCGCUGCUGGGCCUCCUUCCCGGGACUGCGUCUGCUGCCUACUUGAAAUGUUCUGGGAUGCAGGAUGGCAAUUGGUUCUUGGUUGGGCAGCUUUACUCUGCAAUGGCACCUGCAGACGGGUUGCCUUCCUGAGGCUACUUCCGGCUUCUUCCGAGAUUGGAAUCCCUCCUUUCUCCCCGAAAGACCUGGGUCGGCUGGUCUGGCAUCUGAACUGGAUGGAGCCCUCUGCCUCUGGCACUAGUCCUAAGGAAGCCCACCUGCAUUUUGCACCCAAGGUUUCCUCUCUGCUGUUGCUUGGAUUUUGAGGUUCUCUCCCCCUUCUUCAUGUGGCUGUUCUGUAAGCCCCCCCCACCCCCCGCAACACACACACUGUAAGUUGGAGCCCUCCUUAACCUGAGCCAAUGCAGUGUAUAAUCUUGCUUGUUUACAGCUGUUGCAGAUAGCAGCGUCCUCUCGGUUUGAGCUGACAAGAGAUGGGCCAGGAGGCUUUAACUGACAACUUGAGACUUUAACUGACAACUUGAGACGUGCCUUUUCGCUUGCCUGCUCAUCUCUGUCCUUUGCCAGCUCCUCUGUCAUUUUUGCUUGUUCUCUUCUCCCAUUUCGAUGGGCUGGGGUGGGAAGGCUGCCAAUGACAUGUUCUCUGGAGGUCUUUGCCACCUGCUCUUUCAUAUUGCCUUGGUGUUUUCCUUAAGGAACUCUCGGCCUUGCCUUUCGGCUUGGUAUUCUGGGGAAAAACCAGAUACGCUUUCUUCGAGAGUCACACGGGAGAACAGAGGUCCAAGUAGUCUGCACGAGUUCGUGCUACGCCUGUGCAGUGCAGCUGUGCUCUCUGAGGGCCAGAGCGGCAGACCAGCCCCAUCACACCCUACCCCGCACAGCUGAUGUGCACAGCUCUAGCCAAUGUGUACUGUGGGAGUGGGCUGUGUUGGGGGGUGCAGGUGCCUUUUCAGGGGACAGUCAUUGCACCCCCAUCAGUGUGCUGAGCGUAGGGUGCUUGUUUGCUGGAAGGCACUUCCGGUUUCAGAAAUGUCCCUUUUGGGUCAAGGGGGCCAAGUGUUCUGCAAUGCGUUGGUCUUGUUUAACAGCACAUGCCACCAUGUGGUGUGUGGACUUUUGUUUACUUUAUAGGUGCAGCUGAAAUCUUCAUUUUUCUACAUCCUUCUUCCCACUCCUGACUCUUACUGAAGCUUCUAUCCCUUUUAGAGUAUCUCCAUGGGUGGAUCUUCUGUGCACAAGAUAUGAAAUGCAACACUAAAAUCUGUGGGGAGGGAGCUACAGGGUGACUUGUUCUAGUACGCAAAGUGGUAGCAAGGGAAACGUCCUCAAAUUGAUUUUUUUUUUAAAAAAAUCCUGAUUCGAUAGUGCUGCACCCACCGGACUGUACCACCUCUUAAAUGCACUGAUGGUGAUGGUGGGUGUGAAACGUGCCCAAGAGUGUGUUGCUCUCCUGACCUCCUUUGACAUACGUGUUUUCUGCAUAUAAGCAGCUUUUGACACGGGAAUGGUUUUUAGCAAAGCACUCCCGUAAAUUUUGAGCUGCACCCUCCUGCACGCACCGUACGUCUUGCAUCUGCCCGGUUAAUGGUUUGAAAUUUGCCCAGUGAGGAUGUCACGAGGAGUAAAGCGUUGGCUGGUAGUACAUGGCCAUUUCCAGACGGCUUACCGGUCCCCGGAACGUCGCGCCACGUUGCGGGGAAAACGUGAAAUAUCAUGUUUUCUCGCGCGAGUUUUGCACG